AUGGAGCCCUCACCACGCCCCUCGCGCUCCUCCUCCAGCGCCUCGCGCCGCUCAAACCUCUCCCUCGACCUCUCCAACCUCCCGCCGCCGGUGCUGCCCACGGCCCCCACCAACACGCUCCUCUUCACCAACCUCAACGACGUCGCCGUCUUCCUCCCCGAGAACCUGCAGACCAUCCGCGACCUCAUCACCCAGACGGCGCCCAUUCACGCCUUUGCCCCGCUCAAGUCGUUCCGCCGCAUCGUCAUCUCCUUCUUCGACGAGCAGGCCGCCAUCGCCGUGCGCCAGAUCUGGGACGCCGAGCACAUUCUAGGACAGCAGCUCAAGGUCUACUUCGGCCAGCACACAUCCGUCACCGCCCGCGACGAGCACCUCGCCCUACCCGACGCCGGCAAGCUUUUCUUCAUCUCGCCUCCUCCCAGCCCUCCCCACGACUGGGAGAUGCGCCUCGAGGAUGCUCCCAACAAGCUGGUGCACGCUGAGGAUCUCGCCGAGGCCCUCGCCAAGCUGCACCACCGCCCCGGGCCCUUCGACUCCACUUCACCCGUCACUCCCCCGGACUCUGCUCUUCCCGGCCGUACCCGCUCGCGCUCGUCAACGCUCAUCUACAAGCCCAACGAGCAGAGCACAAUGCCCGCUGUCUUCGUCGAGGAUAUGACCGACGAGCCCGAGGUGGAGGAGCUCAGCCCCGUCGAUAGCUCCAAGCCCAUCAUGGCUCACACCUCUCGGCCACCCGUCGAGCUCAUGAGCGACGCCUAA